AUGGCUUUCCGGAGGACUGCUGCCGCCAUUGCGGCUCUGUCAUCCCUUGUCGUUCCUUCUGCUGCGGUGGAUGCGUCUUUGAAAUCGAAUGUCGCCGUCUACUGGGGUCAAGGUGCUUACCAACAACGGCUGAGCCACUUUUGUGAAGAGACUUCUCUGGAUAUCAUCAAUCUUGCCUUUAUCAACCUCUUCCCCAGCGGUGUUGGUGCCUACCCUGGCUCUAACUUUGGUAACCAGUGUGAUGGCACUGUCUACGCUGGAUCAGAGCUUCUCAGCGGUUGUCAUCAGAUUUGGGAGGAUAUCCCUGUCUGCAAGGAGAUGGGCAAGACCGUCAUGCUGUCUAUCGGUGGUGAGACUGCGUACCAGCAGCUGACCAGUGACUUGGACGCCAUCUGGUUUGCCGACUUCUUGUGGUACUCAUUUGGUCCUGAGAAUGAGAAUUACACCGAUGCCUACCCUCGUCCAUUCCUGAGCACCUCUGUGGAUGGCUUUGACUUUGAUAUUGAGCACGAUGGCGGCGCUGGCUACGCUACCAUGAUCAAUCGUCUGCGAUCCCACUUUGACGAGUACCCUGACCAGCAGUUCUAUAUCUCGGGUGCACCUCAGUGCCCGAUUCCCGAUGCGCAGCUUAGCGAUGCCAUUUCCAACUCGUUCUUCGAUUUCAUCUGGGUGCAGUUCUACAACACGGCUGGAUGCUCUGCGCGGGACUACGUCGACGGCACUGGCAUCUUCAACUUUGGAGACUGGGUCGAUGUGAUCAAGAGCAGCAGCAAUCCCCAUGCUAAGCUGUACGUCGGUCUUCUUGCCUCAGAGGAUGCCGGUGUCGCAGGCUACUACUUGACUCCUGCGGAGGUGUAUCCUUUGGUUGAGACAUACAUGGCACUGUACCCCAAGCACUUUGGUGGUAUCAUGCUGUGGGAGGCUACUGCUUCGGAGAACAAUGUCUCCCCUGAUGGACUCACCUAUGCUCAGGAGAUGAAGGAGAUUCUCUAUAGCUGUGCUCCUCCCCCUCCCCCUGUUACCUCGACCAUCAUUUAUACCGUGACUCCAACCCCCAAGUCUACUCCCACUCCCACUCCCACUCCUACUCCUUCCAGCUCGGCGACCCCUUCGAGGUCUCCAGCUUCAUCCCCGGCCUUCUCGUCGAUUGCUAGCCCCUCUAGCACCCCGGCGGCUUCAAGCUCAAUCCACGUGUCAUCAAGCACUCCUGUUGCCUCCCAGCCUGCUACCCACUCGUCGUCCCCUAGCGUUGCUCCGUCCAGCUCCGUGCCCUCGUCUAGCCCGGUGGCAUCCACUACUCCCAUAGUCCCGGCUAGCUCGCAGCAUGCCUCUAGCACUCCUCAUGUUUCUCCAUCGAGUGCGCCCUCUUCGUCUAGCAUUGCCUCCUCUAGCUCUACCCCUGCGUCCAGCCGGAUCCCUUCCAGUGUUCCAGUGGUUUCAUCUAGCAUUCCCUCCAGUGCGCCUGGCAGCUCAGUUGUUCCAUCGAGCUCUCCCUCGCACUCGAGCAAGCCGGCUCAGUCUAGCUCUGCAACCCCGUCUUCUUCUUCCCCCGUCACCACUCCAAGUGGCACUGUGUCGAAGCCGUCCAGCACCCCUGUGGCUCAUACCCAGCCGUCUUCCUCCAGUGUCGUCGUUGGAAGCUCUAGCUCCCCGGCCUCGAGCACGCCAGUGCUUACUUCCAGCACUCCGGCGCAGACAUCAUCCAGCUCUGUCGUCGUCCCCAGUGGCACAGUGUCGAAGCCGUCCAGCACCCCUGUGGCUCAUACCCAGCAGUCUUCCUCCAGUGUCGUCGUUGGAAGCUCCAGCUCCAGCUCCCCGGCCUCGAGCACGCCAGUGCUUACUUCCAGCACUCCGGUGCAGACAUCAUCCAGCUCUGUCGCCGUCCCCAGUGGAACUGUGUCCAAGUCUUCAAGCACUCCUCUGAUGCCUCCUCAGUUGUCGACUGCCUCUAGCAUUGCCGUCGGACCUUCCAGCUCCCCCGCCUCGAGCGUGCCAGCUUCCAGCAUUGUUCCCUCUGGAAGUACCUCGGCCUCUAGCUCCAGCGCCCCCACUGGUACCUCCUCGCAGAGCACCAGCUGCACCGACACCGUCUCAAGCUCGUCUAUCCCUCACCUGCCUAGCCACACCCCUGUUACCCAGUCCCCUGUGUCUAGCCCAUCCCGAGUCCCGAUCUCGAGCUCUGCGUCCUCGGCCCAGGUUGCUCCUUCGAGCUCCGUUGUCGUGUCUGAGUCGCCGUCUGUCUCUGGCUCCGCGUCGGCUACCAGCAGCUCCCCUGAUGUCGGUGCCACUGGUACCACCCAGCCUGCUGGUUCCUCUGGACCUACUGGAACUGGACUCCCUACCAUCACCUCCGUCAUUAGUGCUUCCCCUUCGGUCACCCCUGCUCCUUCGUCUACCCAGCCUGACAUAACCACGACGAUCAUUGUUACCUCGUAUACCGAUAUCUGUCCCACGGGUUUCACCACUAUCACGACGACCAUCACGACCACUGUCUGCCCCGAAGCCACUGCUAGUGUGACUAGUCCCGCUUCUGGGUUGGCCACUACCACGCCGUCUAUUCCUGAGGGCUGGACCACUACCGUGACCGUUUGCACCCACUGUGCCGCUACCCCGACCACCGUCACUCUCACCAAGCCCAUUUCCACCAGCACCGCGGAGGUUACCCCCGUGCCCUCGUCCCCCGCGGGUGGCGAGGGCUCUGGCCCUAGUGGUCUCCCCCAGACUACCAGCACCGGCACUCUCGUUGUUGUUCCCGGCCAUUCCUCUGCCAAGCCCGUUGGAUCGGCGUCUAGCAUCCCCUACUCGCCUAGCCGAACCUCAACUUUCGCUGCCCACCUCCCUGGCACCACCUCUGGUGUAGAGUCCACCCCUAGCAGCACUCAAGAGGGAGCCUCUCCGAUCUACACCGGUGCUGCCUCGCGAUCGGGAGUGACCAACUUCCUCGCCAUCUUCAUGACCGUUCUUGCAUCUUGCGUCUUCUUCCUCUGA